UUGGUGGCGAGUGGAAGCGGAAGAAGCGCGGCUCGUUUGGCGGAGCUCGGCAUGGGUCGCAAGAAGAACAAACAGCAGCGGCGCAACGGUGGCGCGGCGCUCCGGAGGGUUGUGACCUUCGACGAGGAGAGUCGACGAGAGUACUUGACAGGAUUCCACAAGCGUAAGGUAGAGAGGAGGAAAGUAGCUGUGGAGGAGAUAAAACGCAAACUGAAGGAAGAGCAGAAGAAGAUGAAGGAAGAGAGGCACAAGGAAUACAUGAAGAUGUUGAAGGAGAGAGAAGAAGCUUUAGAGGAAGCGGACGAGUUGGAGCGUAUGGUGACGUCCCAGACAGAAUCUGUGAGCUACGAUCACCCAAGCCACACCGUCACUGUUACUACUAUCAGUGACUUGGACCUCUCAGGAACACGCCUGCUGGGGCUGAAUACCCACGAGGGAGAAGAUGCUGGAGCGGAAAGAGAAAAAGAUGCCUCCAGCACACCUGCAAGCACUGUGCCUAAGAAAUCUAGAGAUCCUUUCCUGUCUCAGAGGAUCUCUUCGCUCACUGCAUCGCUGCACUCCCGAAGUAGCCAGAAAAAGACGAAAGGAAAGCAGGCCAGACACAGUCAAAGCAUAAAGAAGAGAGUCCAAAAGCCAAGCGCGGGACGCACGAGCAAGUCCCAGCGCCGGAAAUUGACGGGCAAAGGGAGGCGUUUCCAAGACUGAUGGGCAGGCUGAAGUGAUGGUAGUGAAGCCUGCGGAGGAAUGUGAAGCUACGAUCUCCAGCUUACAGACCAGUUUUUAUCUGAAUGAGGACUUACCUUGCAGAGGAGGUGCAGAUCCUUCUCUGACUAAUCCAGGAGCUGAGGAAGGGGAGGCUUGUCAAAUACUUAGUGUGCAUAAUAGCCCACUCGGGCCUAUGCCACUUGCUGUGUAAAACCCCAACAGACGCAGGAGAAAUGGAGGUGGGAGACAGGAUGACGCUAGAGCCAUUUAAUCCGUGGCUGGGCUACUGGUGGCCUGCAUGUGGUCCUUCGCUGCUCUUUGUGCAGCCUGGGGAAUGCCGCCCGCUUUUCCAUGCAGCCCAGCUGGUCUCUGGGGGAAAGAUGGCUGUUCUUCGGCGUUCCCAGUCAAGUUGAGGCAGCAGGGGAAGAAACUUUAGCCUCCCGCCCUGUCCCUUCCAAUGUUCCCAAUCAGGGUUGUUGAUCCAGCGAUCCUCAACUUGCCUGAGAUCACCAUUUUCCUGCUCUGAGAGGCAGAGGAACAGCAGUCUUGGAGAGGGUUGCUGGAGGGGGUGGAGGAGGCUUUAACCUCCCCCACCUCCCCCCCCCCCCGGCAGCAAUACCAUCUCAGCAGGCAGGAAAGGGAGGUUUAAACCUCCCCAUCCCUGCCGAAAGAGAUGUGGGUGGGGGAAGACUGUUGCGUGCACAUGCGUAUGUACCUCCCCCAACUCAUCAACGCAUGCAGGGCCAGAAAGGUUUCCCACCUCUCGUUUAAUCAGUCUCUGGAGGAUCCUGCUCUUGUACCCACAGGUUGCCAUCAUGUGCAGUCCCAGUCCAUCAGGUGGUUUAGAUGCUCAGUGCCCAAUCCCACACUCAAAUGGGGGUGAGCGCAUAGACCAGCUGUCCCUAACCUGGUUCCUCUAGAUGUUUUGGGCUCUCUUCCCAGCCUUCCUGACUAUUGGCCAUGCUGUCUGGGGCUGAUGUGAGUUGAAGUCCAAAACAUCUGGCCAGGUUGGGAAAGCCCGGCAUAGACAAUAGGCAAAUUUCCCCCCUGGGCAUCAUCAUUAUUUUUAUUGUAUUUAUAAAGGCCUUUUUGUAUAUAUAUACAUAAGAAAA